CUGCGGAAGGGUGUUGCGUGUGUUUUCUGUCAGUUCUCUUAAACUCUUCGUUUUGCAUUGACCAGUUUAACCAGCAGAGAGGAGCGUCUCUGCAGCUGAGCUGGGAUGGCAGAGAGGAGCGGUGCUCCGGCGGCCCGGGCGGUGCUGCAGCAGUGUCUGCAGGCCGGGCUGCAGGUUCAACCGGCGGAGGAGCUCUCAGAGGCUCAGGCCGUCCAGAUCGACAGAGGAAUGGUGAUUUAUAUCUGCUUCUUUAAAGGAGCAACGGACGACAUCCUGCCCAAGAUGGUGUCCACGCUGCUGAGCCUCCGUCUGUGCGAGUCCGACUCGGGGAAGAUGGUUUCGGUGUCGGAGCUCCCCGGCAGCCUGCUGAUCGUCCCUCAGGCCACGCUGGGCGGGAAGGCCAAAGGUCGAGGCAUGCAGUACCACAACAACAUCGGCAAAGAGGACGGGCUGCGGCUCUACGGCGCCUUCGUCUCUCUGUGUGAGGAGGAGCUGAAGGCGGCUUCUUCUUCUGCUGAAGUGACGGUGAAACACGGGACGUACGGAAACAGACAGGUGCUGAAGCUCGACACCAACGGACCGUACACACAUCUGAUGGAGUUCUGAGGAAGGAAGCUCUGCUGCUGUCACCAUGGAGAUCAAGAAGGUCUCUUUAUUGAUGUCUAAAUAUCUCCCAACAAAACCACAGUCUCUAACGUUCUGUAUUGAUAUUUGAUUUAUGGAUUUGUGAUAUAAAAACAUACAAAAUUA